UGGCGGCAUUUGCGCUGCGCAUUCAGAAACGACUUCAACAGGCCCGAGCAGCCGAGUUUGCCGAGUUUGAAAAGUAUAUUGGGAAUAGGAACAGUUGGCAGCUAAUGAUGAACGUCAUGCAGACACUGGGCGCCCUGCUGCUGCUUGGAUUGGCCAUAGCCAUCGAGGGCGCGCCCCAGGGGCGCAUUCUGGGCGGCGAGGAGGCGCUGACCACGGCGGCACCUUACGCAGUGUCCCUGCGCAUCGACAAUGCGCACGUGUGCGGAGCCAGCAUCCUGUCGGAGACACAGCUGCUGACCGCCGCCCAUUGCAUCUAUCGGGAUGGCAAACAGAUCGAUGUUAGCCGCUUGUCGUGUCGCGUGGGCAGCACCAAUCAAUACGCGGGUGGUCGUAUUGUUACCGUUGCUGCCGUCACGCCACACCCGGACUACAAUAAGCUGGACAACAAUCUGGCGAUCAUUACGCUUAGCAGUCCGCUUGUGUUCACCGAACGCAUCCAACCCAUUGAGCUGGUCGAUCAGAGCGAUCCGCUGCCCGAGGAUGGCGCUGUGGUCAGCGUAGCUGGCUGGGGCACCACCGUCGAUGGCAUUGCCUCCUUUAAGAUACGUCAGCUGGACUUGCAGCUCGCCACGAGCGCGGCUUGCCUGGAUGCGUACAGUGAGCUUGAAGCUAGCAAAGGCUUCUGCCUGGCCCAUGCCCUCAAGGAGGGCACCUGCUAUGGCGACGGCGGCGGCGCAGCUGUCUACCAGGGCAAGCUGCUGGGCGUUAGUAAUUUUGUGGUGGGCGCCUGCGGUUCACGGUAUCCGGACGUCUUUGUGCGCGUUUCCGGCUACCAUGACUGGCUGCUGCAUCAGCUCCAGAAUUAAUUUAACCAAGCCCAAACCCAAUCGAUGCAAAGAUCAAAUACAUGCCUUUAUAUAACCCCAAGAUAUAUUGAAGAUGUUAGCCGAUAUUUGGAUAUACUUUGGUUUUACCGAUCAAUUAAUUACAUAAUAAGUGUACGUUGAUAGCGCUCAUGUUCCGAGCACUAUGAUGUAAUAAACUAACAUAUAUACAUAUAACCGAUCUAGUUUUAUGUCCAAGCACCUUAUGUAAGAGUCAUAGCUGGGAAACUAAAUUUCUCAUAUGGUAUUUGCCAAUUCCAAUUCCACCAUCAAGGGUGAAAAAUAGGUGAUAACUGAUUUUCUUCGCCCAUCGACUUGAGAUUCAUUUGU